AAGAUGCCGGUGGCGAGCGGGGACAUUCGCGAGAUCGCGGGACAACCGGUUUUUGUGCCGCUGUAUAAGCUGUUCUUGGCGUACGGGGAGAUGUUCGUCCUGGCGAUCGGGCCGAAGAAAUUCGUCGUCGUGAGCGACAACGCGGUGGCCAAGGAGAUGUUGCUCACGCAGGCGAAGAGCUUCUCCAAGGGAUUGCUGUCGGAGAUUUUGGACUUUGUCAUGGGUCAGGGGUUAAUCCCGGCGAACGGUGAGGUGUGGAAGAUUCGACGCAAGGUGAUCGUGCCGAGCUUGCACAAAAAGUACGUCACGUCCAUGGUGGACAUGUUCGGCGACUGCGGGUUGAAGGGGAUGUCGCAGCUCGCGCGCGCGGAGAAGGCGAACGAGUCGGUGGAGAUGGAGAACUUUUACUCGCGAUUCGCCUUGGAUAUCAUAGGCAAGGCGGUGUUCAAUUACGAUUUCGACUCCUUGUCCACGGACGACCCCGUGAUCAAAGCCGUGUACACGGUUUUGCGCGAAGCCGAGUACCGGAGCGUGACGUUUAUUCCCUAUUGGAAGGUUCCCCCGCUUCGCUGGCUCGUGCCGAGGCAGCGUCAGUGCCAGGAGGCGCUGCAAGUGGUGAACGACACCUUGGAUGACCUCAUCAACCGAUGCAAAGCCGUGGUGGAGGAAGAGGAUGAGGAAUUCGUCGAGGAGUACAUGAACACGGACGAUCCGAGCAUUUUGCACUUUCUCAUCGCGAGCGGCGACGACGUGACGUCCAAGCAACUUCGCGAUGAUUUAAUGACGCUCCUGAUCGCCGGCCACGAAACCACCGCCGCGGUGCUGACGUGGACGACAUUUUUGCUCGCCAAGCACCCCGAAGUGAAGGCCAAGGUAUUCGAGGAGGUUGACCGCGUCGUCGGCGACCGCAACCCGACGGUGGCGGAUAUGCGCGCGCUCGUGUACACGACGCGCGUCAUCAACGAGUCCAUGCGACUUUACCCGCAACCUCCGGUGUUAAUCAGGCGCGCGUUAGAGCCCGUCACCCUCGGAGGGUACAACAUCGACGCCGGAACCGACUUCUUCAUUUCGGUUUGGAACUUGCACAGAAACCCGCGGAUUUGGGACGAACCCGACGCGUUCAAGCCCGAACGCUUCCCGAUCGACGCCCCGAUGCCGAACGAGUACACCGAAGAGUACGCGUACUUGCCCUUCGGCGGUGGCCAGCGCAAAUGCGUGGGCGAUCAGUUUGCUAUUUUUGAGUCAAUCGUGUCGCUCGCCAUGCUCAUGCGACGAUUCGACUUUGAACUCGACGAGUCCAAGCACCCCGACGGCGAAUGCGGCAUGACGACGGGCGCGACGAUUCACACCACGAACGGCUUGCACGUCAAGCUCAAGCGCCGCGAUGGGCGAGGUGGGCGAGAGAUGGACGGCACGUACGUCACCGGUAUGGCGUUGAGCAACCUGGAAGACGUCGACGUCGUUCGAGGGUCCAUCGACGCCCCGACG